AUGCCAAAGGUCAUCAUCUUCGCCGGCGCCCCCGAGGCCGACUGGUCAUCCCCGGAUUCCCUCCUCCUCUCCGGCCCACCCGCACCACCCGUCCCCACAUCAAUAUCAACAUCAACCUCAUCGCCAGCCUCAACACCAACAGCUCAAAACGCAAACACAACAACGAUAGCCCUCCCCGCCUGGCGAUCCCUCCCACUACACCACAAGCCCCUAACAACAGGUUACUCCCAACCCCACGGCCUCCCCACAAACUUCCUCCCCCCAGCACACUUCUUCUCUCUCUCCUGGGACGCCCACCAAGAAACGAUCAAUAACGACACCACCACCACAACGGACUCCCAAGACCCCCUCUCCCAGCAAUUCUACAACCACUCCCUAGCCCUCCACCACGACCUCGCAUCCUCCCAACUCCCGCCCCCUCCAUCCUCAUCACAACCUGCACCCCAGCAAAACCCUUCCAGACACGCAGGCAACACCUCCUUCAACACAACAGCAACAGACUCCUUCAUAACCGAAACAACAGACUCCUUCGAAGACACCACAGCAGACCUCUCAACCUCGCUCUCAACCCCACGCCCUCCCCUCCUAACAGCAACCCACCACCUCUCCGACCUAGAAGACAUCCCCCCAGCCCCCUCCCUCCUCCGCCUCGCCCCGCAGACCGUAACCGUAAACCUCAUCGCGGGCGUAAUCUCCGUCUCCACCCCGCGGAGCGUGACCACCCGCUGGGGCAACGAACUAUCGCUGGUCGAAGUGCUCUUAGGGGACGACACGCGCGCCGGGUUCGGUGUCACGUUUUGGUUACCUGCUAUGCCGCCGCCUCCCCUAGCAGCUGCGAAGAGCACCGGGAAGCCCGCAACAGCAGAUCCGACGUCGCCGGCGAACCUGAGGAGACAAGACGUCGUGUUACUGCAGAACGUGGCGCUGCAUGUGUACGGCCAGAGUCUGCGGAAGGGGUUGACGAGGACGACGGUGCUUUAUAGACGGAAGUUGGGGGAGGGGGAUGAGGACCUGGAGAGGUCUCCCGCUGCAGGAGGAGGGGAUGGGGAUGGGGAACCGAGCACGGCGCAUCCUCAGUUAGUCAAGACGAGGAGGGUGUGGGGGUGGGUGAUGAGGGGGUGGGAUGCGUUGCCUGAUGAUACCCAGUGA